AGGCGGCCCUUCCGAACCUUCGCCGCCCAAUAGGAAAGCCCGGCCGGGAAGAUGGCGCCUCCCUCAGGCCGGCGGUCACUGCGAGGCUUGUUGUUGCUGCUGUCGCUUCUGCCGCGGAGCUGUGACUGCGGAGUGGGGGGCGGGAAGACUUAAGUCCGGCGGGGGAGAUAGACGCCGAACCCCGGCGAGGGGCAGAAAUCGAGGCCGGGGCUUCGGCGCGACCUCCGUCCAUGGAGGCCGCCGGCGGAGAAGGGGAGCCGGAGGCGCUCAGCUGCUUCUCCUACAACCAGGAUUGCACGCAUAACUGCUGAAAAGUCUGUCUCGCAAAAUUAUGUACCAUCAAAUGGCAUCAGCACUUGUAUUGCUUCAUCAGCAAGCUCAGGAUACUUGUUCCCUGGCUAUUGGAACCAGAACUGGGUACAGGCUUUUUUCCUUGAGUUCUGUGGAGCAGCUGGAUCAGGUCCAUGAAAGCAAUGAAAUCCCGGAUGUUUACAUCGUAGAGCGCCUCUUCUCUAGCAGCCUGGUGGUGGUGGUGAGUCGCACAAAGCCUCGGCAGAUGAACGUCUACCAUUUCAAGAAAGGGACCGAAAUCUGUAACUACAGUUACUCUAGCAAUAUCCUCUCUGUCCGGCUCAAUCGGCAGAGACUAAUUGUUUGCUUGGAGGAAUCUAUUUAUAUCCAUAACAUUAAGGACAUGAAGCUUCUGAAAACGAUCUUGGACACCCCUCCAAACACAACAGGUUUGUGUGCACUUUCUAUCAACCAUUCCAAUUCCUACUUGGCAUACCCUGGCAGCACGACCGUCGGCGAGAUUGUGCUGUACGACGGAAAUAAUUUGAGAGACGUCUGUUCAAUUUCUGCCCACGAUGGGCCCCUCGCUGCCCUGGCCUUCAACUCCACAGGGUCAAAACUAGCAAGUGCUUCUGAAAAGGGAACCGUCAUUCGGGUGUUUUCCAUCCCUGAGGGGCAAAAGCUCUAUGAAUUCAGAAGAGGAAUGAAGAGGUACGUGAACAUCAGCUCCCUGGUGUUCAGUAUGGACUCACAAUUCUUGUGUGCUUCAAGCAACACUGAGACCGUGCACAUCUUUAAGCUGGAACAUCUCACAGACAGCCGGCCGGAAGAACCCCCGUCUUGGAGCGGCUACAUGGGCAAGAUGUUCAUGGCUGCCACCAACUACCUCCCUUCUCAAGUGUCAGGCAUGAUGAGCCAGGACCGGGCCUUUGCCACCGUGCGCUUGAACUUCUCUGGACAAAGGAACAUCUGUGUGCUCUCCACAAUCCAGAAGUUGCCUCGGCUCUUGGUUACGACGUCUGACGGAAACCUUUACCUCUACAACCUGGACCCUCAAGAUGGAGGAGAGUGUGUUCUAAUCAAGAAACACAGCUUGCUUGACCUGGGAAAGGCAGAAGAGGACAAAGAAAACGAUCUCUGCCCCCCAGUACCUCCGACUUAUGCUGCAACGGUAGCCCGGCAGAGUGCGGUGCCUUCACCUUCGAUGGUGCCAGGUUACUCAGAAGAUGGAGGAGCCCUUCGAGGAGAGGUUAUACCGGAGCACGAAUUCGCCACUGGGCCAGUGUGUCUGGAUGAUGAAAAUGAGUUUCCACCUGGUUGCAUUCAAAAGGAGUCAUGGGGAAGUGACUUCCAUGCUGUGUCUUAACAGCGUCAAGUGAUCCAAGCUUAUUGCAGAGCUAAGCAUCUACCUGCCCAACCGCUUGUCUGCCUUGCUCCUGUUGCCGCUUCUCACGCCUGCUGCUUCCCCUUUCCUGCCGCUGCCAAAACUCUUGCCCCGGGCUGUUAAAGGUGAGAGGAACCGUCCCAGAUCGCCUUACGCUGUUGUUUAGAGGCUGGAAGAGGACUGGCUUGGUCUAGGGCUAGGGAAGCCUUCCAGAUGGUGUGGAACUACAACUCCCACAAUCCCCGACUUCUGACCAUGUUGCCUGGGGCUGAUGGGAGUCCAGCAACACUGGAAGACUCACACGUCAGCCACCUGUUAUCUAUGGCACCUGCAAGCUCGCUCUCCCCUAACCUUCAAGGCUGCCUCUCAUCUUCUCUUUGUGUCUGAGGGGGGAUGAAUGCCAUGGUGGGUGUGAGAGACAGGAUGGAGCUGGGGGUGUUACUUGCCAUAGACAGCCAGGCAAGCGGCACAUUGCACCUCUGACUGAGGAUAUAACGGGCUUAGUUUUGGCAUUUGUUACUAGUUGUGUGGGCUGGUGAAAAAGCCAAGGCUGAGCAAUCACAAUGUUACCUGCUUGCUAGGCCCCCGUAGGAGCUUUUGGGUUUGUUUGUUUGUUUUUUGCGAUAAUUAGGCUGUUCCCUCCACAUAUGGCCAUGAACACUUGCUUAGGCAGUAUCCGACCCGCAAAGAAUAGUGUUCUAUUUUAAAAGUGUGAAGUGUUGGCACUUUGGAUAAAUGGUUGUGUUAGUCGUGCAUGCAUAUGUACGAUUAUUGACCUUCUGGGGUUUGGUCACAACUCGGCUGUGCUCAGCAUCCUGUUUGAGAUGCUACUGCACUUGAGAGUUGUUUCUUUUUACCUUUGGCUGCCUUAAUAGAGGAGGGUGGAUGGCGAUCUCUUAGUAUUUCGUCAUCUCUCUAGGAUCAGAAACUUGGGAUUGUUUUUCUCUCCUUUGUACCAACCUCCCAGGUUGUUAUGGGGGUUUCCACUUGCCAUAUUACUUUAUGAAUCCUCCUCAGUGCUCUGUGAAACUCUUGGUGUGAUGAUGUGCCUUAUUCAUAGGGAAAUCGCCUCUCCAUGGAUAUUGUAGCAAGCUUUUGGUUUCUUAACAGUGCAGGCUGGGAUGGGGACAGUUUGACUGCUGGGCUCAAGCUGGCAGGGCAGAAGUGAGGAUGGAGGUUCUAUGUCAUUUUUCCAGGGGGUCUGUGUGUAAUGGACAUACAUAUCCAGCUGUUUUAUCAUCCCAUUAGAAACAAUGGGAGGGGAGGUAGAGAUUUAGUGAUCUCUGUUUCAGGAGCUUGACUGAAUAAUUUUCUAGUAUGGGGGAUGUCCAACCCACUUCCCAGCAUACCCUCUUUUUUCUGGCCCUUCUGACAGUGCUUUUAAGGUCAGUUGGACCGGCCCUUUUUGGAGCUAGCAGAGGUGGGAAGGGAAGCUCCGACACGGGACCUCCCUUUCUGAUUUUGAAGCUCUAUGUCUGACAUAGAGGGUAGGUCCAUUCUAGUCCAUGGCUUGUAAGGAUGGCCCUCCUUGGCAAGGAUGGUACCUUGAAUUGCUAAUAUACUGGCAUAAAAAGAGGUUUUCCAAAGGGUAUGUCUACACUGUCUUCUGCACAGGAGGAAGUAUCUACACACAUCAGAAACUGCUAAAUUAGCCCCAUUCCAAUUUGGACAAAGUGGACUAGCCACACCAGACCCAAGUGCUAGAAGUUUUUUCCGAUGUCUGGGUCGUAUUGCAACCUUCACAUCGCUAAAUUGGGCAUUCCACUACCAUUCCUCCAUAUUACUUACAGGAGGUAGAGGGGAGAGUUAGGAGGGGAAAGCUAGGAGAUCUAAUUUACAGCACCAAGACUACAAGCUCUCUUGUCCAGGCAAGCGUAAAAAUGUAACUGCCACAAUGUGAAAUGAGCGUUCUGCAUGCGUUGCAGGUGACGAUGGUGUGCAUACUUUCUCCUCCUUUAAGAUGCUCUUCAUGUGGAAAGCAUCAUUGUAUGUGAAGCUGUGGAUGGGUAAGCCUGUGGAAUCCAAGCAGCUUGGGAUCAAGUGCCACUAAAAACAUGAUUGCCAUGCGCCAGCUGCAUCACUUAUGCUUGUGGAAGAGCAAUUUCCAUACAGGAGCACAAGGAACUCCAGCUAUUGUUAGGGUUGGGCGAUACAGUGGUACCCCGCAAGACGAACGCCUCGCAAGACGGAAAACCCGCUAGAUGAAAGGGUUUUCCGUUUUGGAGGCGCU